GUAAGGGUCCUGUAAAGGGAGGUUUGGUAAAUGAGAUAAAAUUGAUGUGGAAAAGGUGCCUACGAAAUGUGUGAACGGCCUUUGAACACAUUUUGCAAGUAGAUUCGUUCAACAUUUCUUACCUGCCGUGCUGCUGGUCUUCUUGGUUUGUUUCGCAUAAACCAAACCAAUGAACCAUUAUUGACUUGUAAUAAUUGAAGAGUUUAGUUAGUUCUUUGAGGAGGCCUUUCCAAUCAAAGUUUAUCGAAAGUAUAUACAUCGAAAAUUGUCAGUAUUUAGCGAAAAAGAGUGUGUAGGAGGUAGUUAUUUAGACAGGUUGGGAAGGAGUUGCGGUGGGCAAACCUUUGACAUAAGAGGAGACUAAAUGGGGAAGAAAUUGCGACAAGACGCAGUUUCUCGCUGAAUGACCAAAUUUGAAGUUUUGGACCGUGUAGAACAUUCCGGGGGGAUGGAGAAGAACAGUCGAGACGAUCAUCAUCCAGGUGAGGGAGGUGGAGAUGAGAACGUUCCUCCACCAACCUUAGCCGCUGCUGGUCAAGAAGAUGCGGAAUAUAAUUGUGGCGAUGAAGGUGGUGAAAAUGCCGGCUACUCUGAAGAAGAUCAGGAGGAGGAUCCAGACGCCGAUCCAAGCAACAGACUAAAAAUAUGUGAUGUGCGAGGGGGCGGAGGUCUAGAUGAGAAUGGGGACAAUAAUGAAGAGGAAGAUGACGAAGAUAUGAGUAAUAUGGCUUCCUUGGGGGUGGCAAAUAACUUGUCCUCUCUAAAGAUGGAGGUAGACUGUGACGAGGACAAUGAUAAUUCUUCCACCGGGUCGACAUCCUCUCCCACGGUCAAGAAUCAACUCGACUCUUAUUUAGGUCUUCUAGAGAGAGACCAACAACAACUCAAUACGCUUAUGGUACUUAAGGAACGAGAGUGGGAUGCCAUCCUAAAGCUAAAAAAGUUGAAGGAAAUUAAAAUUGCGAGAAUCAAGAGGAGGCGAGCAUUGGACGAAAUGUUGGGAACUUCUUCGCUUUCGACCAGUGGUGGUGGUACUGUAUGUGAAAGAGUCUCGCUGGACAAGAAUCGUCGUAAUAGUUGUAAUAGCAACAAUGCAGCAAGUUCAAAGGUGUUCCGGCAAAAAUUAAUUGUAGCCGAGAGUUGUUUAAGAGUGGGAAAUAAGAGGGAGGUGGAAGUUAGGAAUAAUAUUCGUACUUUAGAAAAAGAUGUUCAUGACUUGGCUAAAGAAGUGUUUACUGCCGAACAGCAAGAGAGGUCACUAGACUUUGAAGAUGAUCAACCCCGACUGGACGAGGCCCAGACGACGACCGAAGGGGCUUUCUUGGCCAGUAACGCUCUUAAAAGUUUGGUGAAAUUCAGAACUACGGGACACUCGCCAGGAUCAGUGACUUCCUCUCCCAAAAUUGUGGGAGAAGGACGACAGGGCCCAAAAGUUGAUGUUACUGCACUCAUAGCAGACUAUAGGUUAAAAACAGAUUACGACAAGGAAUCGCCUAUGCGAAGGUCUAUCACCUCCAAUUCCACCCUCCCUUCACUGACUCAAUGUACAGGCGUUAGUUUCACAGAUAUAUUGUCAAAAAUAAAGACUCGAUAUGAAAAAGAUAAAGAGAUAACUGCAAGUCCCCCGUCCAUGGUCGCCACCCCUCUCAAUAAUAUUAAGCAGUCUGUUCAAACGAGUACUAAGGCUAAAGGGGCUGCUUCCUCUGCUAACACAUUACUAUCAGGAAGUAAACCACCUGCUGGGACAACCUUGGCUAAAUUACUAUCAGCUAAUAAUGGAAACUCCAUGAAUCGUGCAUUGGAAGACUCUGCUGUUGUAUAUAACCAUAAACCUGUCGCGAAUAACGCGUCAUCAGCUACUUCUGAGAAGAAUUUGUCACUAUCAAAUCUGCUGGCUUCCUCCAAGAGUCGUGAUGAGUCCGUAAAGAAGAAAUCAGACGCUGCUGCCGUCCCACUGUGUCAAGGAUGUCACGCUAAUAAAGCUCAAUUCGUAUGUGCUGGGUGCGGGAACCAAUGGUAUUGUUCGAGAGAGUGUCAAGUCGCUGCUUGGGAUGAUCAUGCGGAAACCUGUUCAGGGUAACUCUUACUACACGCUACACGCUAAGUCACCGGAACCAUGCAGAUGAUAUGCUAUUAAUCAUACCUAUCUGAGCUCCGUGUGCAUCGGUCAUAAAUUACCAGUUUGUUUUUCCCUUGCAUUUCCUUCCCUUUCGUUUCCUUCCUUUGUGUUUAAAUUUUGCUGAUAUUUUUAUUUCAAAUAAUUGUUUGUUUUUAAGCUUUGACUUCAUACAUUGUAUUAUAGUACCUCAAUUCAACGUCCAUUAUGUAUUAUCAUAUGAAUAGGUUUCUCUGCUAGUCAUGAACUCGAAUAACUAAAUUGUUAGGACAUAAAUUGACUCAAAUUGUAGAAAAUGUCCCAAAACUGAUCUAUAUCUCUCCAUAUAUUUGGUGAUUUUUUUUUGUUAGACUAGCCAGGCUUCUAUACGCCGGAGCAAAUGCAAAGAAACAACAAUUUUUGACCAAACUCGGUAAUUCGGUACACGGAUCGAUACGUAUCUAUACGACCAUAUAAUUUGAUCAUACUGAUAUAUACAUAAAAUCAUAAUUUGAAUGUUCUUUUCUAGGUUUAAGAAUGAUCAUAUUUCCAAUUUCAUCUGCAUAGAGGAUUUAACCCUAGUAGAAUUAAUAAAGCGUUUCCUGUAAAAAAGUAAGGGCUUUUACAUACUUCCAAAUACCAGGGUAGGAUUAAGAACGAACUAUUUUUAAAAUUUGGAUGUAAAGCCAUUUACUUUUUUACAUUCAGAAUUGCUUACUAUUUCCUCAUGUUUAUUUACCUGUCUGACGGUAUUAGUCGCCGAUUUAAUGGUCACAUUUGGUCAAUCCUCCUCUUUUUUCGGUGCAUUACAUGUGAAUAAUAAUGAUGUGAGUUUUUGUAUGUUAUAUAUGUUCAUUCUACAGAGUGACAUUUUUGUAAGUCCCAACACACAAUAAUAAAAUGAUAAAAAUGCAAACAACCCAGCUCGUGCAUUCGUUCCAAUUUCUAAAGUACAUGUAAAUUAAAAAGUAAUAUAUCGUCAUAUUUAGGUCUUAAGAAUAAAUAAAUACAUAACCAGAGAACCACAUUAUUUAAGGAAUAACAAUAUUUUAUAACAAUACAUGUAAUGUAAGAAAUAAAAAUAAUUAUAUAUUUAUCAAGACAAAGAGAGAGAGGUUUAUAAUAAAAUCUCAGAUAACAUAAAU